AUGGCCGCCACGAACGACUUCUGCGGCACAUGCUUUGGGAAGGCGACGCAGGAAUGUGCCGGAUGCCACAGCAUACGGUACUGUUCUCGCGAGUGUCAAAAAGUGAACUGGCCACAGCACAAGCACCUCUGCAAGACCUUCGCCGACUUCGCCACCCCUCCGGGUCCCAACCUCCGCCGCAUCAUCAUUCUACCACAAGACUCCAAGAACCCUCGCUUUGCCUGGCUGAAGACUUUCUCCUCUGACACCGAAGAGCCAGAGGAACAGUUUCUUCUAGGCUUCCACACCGAAUUCGAUGCCGGGCCUGAUAGCCACGAGACGGAUGAGUCGCCAGGCCACGAAUUGAGCACCUUCGAAGAAGUAUUCGGCCCUUGCACGACCGGGUUCGCGAUGCCAGUGAUGCCCGGAACAUUCAAGAUGAACGGCAAUCCGAUUACCGUAGACCGCAGCACCCAGGUCUUCUUCGAUGAAUCGCAGCCACGGCACACGCGCAAGCUCAACCAAUGCUUUCUGAGCAUGCUUGGAGACAACGUCGACAUCCUGCGCGGCAACCACGGCCAAGGCAACAUGGCCAUCUACACUGCGACUGAUGUGUCCAAGCCCAAGUUCAUUCGCGAUGCUGACUGCUUCGAUCUGUCCCUGGGCCACGCUGGUCUGGCUCAUUACUUCCAACAUCGGGUAGGCGAUGGUCGACGGGGCAACCGGACGGCAAGGAUGGCAGAUAAUGCCUCCGACGACGCGUCCACGACCUCCUCCGGUGAGUCCACUUAUGACGAUCCUGUUCUUUCCGGACUCUUCGACAUGGAGCGUACCACACUCAUACAAGGCUUGCUUUCGAGGAUGAAGCACAUAUUUGGGGAUGAGCUUGCAGGGAAGCUGGAGCAGCAGUUCAAAGAGGAUCAAGAGAGGGAAGAGCUUAUUCAUAAGGAGUCUGAGACGGAGUUGGACAAGAAGAAGAAGGAGUGUCAAGCAAAGGAGUGA